AUGCGCCGCGCCUCCACCUACACGCGAAUUAACUGGCUGGAGAAGAAUUGUGGCAACGUUCCGAUCACUCCACAUACACUUAACGGGAAGAUUAGUGAGAUGGUUCGAGGCGGCCAAGCCAUUCAACUCGCAAAUGCCAAAAUGCUCGACGCCAAGGUGGCAAACUUUCGCGUAUUAAACAUGUAUUCUGCAGAACAUUCUAAUCAGCUCAAGGACCUCCGCGAUACUGAGAAGAAGGCGUUGCAUCGCAUUGAUGAGGCUGCUCAGUCGAAGGAUUUAAGAUUUCGUCCAAGUCUAGUGAUUCCAGCAAUAAAACUAUGCAGUUAUGCUAUCGGCUGCGCAUUGCGUCCAUUGGGGGACUCAGUCAGUGUGUCAUAUAUUAUGGGCGUUAAGAUGGCGGUGAGCGAGUAUUACAACGACCAGAUUCGAGAGAUUCACUCCAGCUGUCCGGAUAUGGUCGAACUCAAGGAGUUGUUUAAGCAGGCGCGUGAUGAGGAGCAAAGCUUUGUAGACGCUCACACUCUGGAUCCCAACAAACACAAUCAAGAUCCGGUGGCGAUGUUUGCCAAGACAACUCUUAAGUUGCUGACUCAAGUGGCUACAGCUUUGUAG